GGAAAGCGUCUGGUUAACUUCGCGUAGUUUUCGUUUCCCAACCUCAGCCAGCCAUUUCGGGCGAUGUCUGAAGAAAAACCACCCGACGGGUUUUCUGGGAUACUUAAUUACCUCAAGUGUUGUUGUCGACGCCCAGCCGAUAGCCGAGCUAGUGCGCCAAUAUUCCACACUAUCUGGCAACCGGCCAAGCAGAGGGCGUCCGUGCAAUGGCUUCUAUCCAAAGCGUACAGUCACCAGGUGCCCGAAGAUGUCAAGGAGCCGUUCUACCGCGACGUCGAGGAUCAAGAAUAUUUGAAGCCAUCUGUAGUGCACGCGCUGGCCAAUGCCGAAUUGUACUGCCUGGCCCUGGCUCACAUCUACUCGGAUCCGAAUUACAGCCAGCUGAACCACUGGGGCGUGAUCCAGGCGCUGGCCAGGAAGGGCGUCUACGUGGCCGAGCCGUCCGACGUGGCCCUGACGGAGACCACGCUCAUUCACACAUCACCACUCCGGAUGAGUGCUCACAUGGCCGUCAUGGAAGGCAUCAUGAACCUGUUUGUCAAGGAAGUCGUUUCGGCCGAACGGGUCGUUGCCGCAAUCAGGAGAUUCGCCGAGUUGGACGCAUCGCAGACGCCGCCACCCAAAGAGGCUGAACAGGCUCUUCUCCUCUGGAUCACCAAAGCCUGUCAGUCUCUCAAGAAGCGGCUGACGGCCGAAGUCGAUGGCCACGGAGAGGACGUGCCGAACUUCCCCGAACUGCGCGAGUUGGGCGACCUCAGCGACGGGAUGUCUCUGCUCGGCCUGUUGGCCUUUUACGCUCCGGACUUGGUCGAUUGGACCCGCAUAGCCACCAACGAGCCAUUUUCCAUGGCCGACUGCCUCUACAAUCUGGAACUGGUGCACAAAUUUUGCAGCGAGUCGCUACCCAACAAUAUCUUUCACCUGGGGCUCGAAGACAUUGUUUACAUGCACAGUUCGGUGAGACAAAACGUGUUGGCCUUUCUGGCCGAUUUGUUCUACAUCCUGGAAGUGCGCCCAGCCAAGUGUAUCCGGCCCCCCGGAUUGAUGCGCGAUCGUUUCCCCGUCAAUGAAGAAUCUACUCCUCGCACAUCCGAUGCGCAUUUCGGCGGCCAACUGUCGUCGCCAUUGAGGAAAUCGUUUCACCGUCGGACGAGUUUACAGCCGCUGAUGAAAUCCAUUCCCGAUUUACGGAAAGGUGGUAAGAAUAACGUUAUCCGGCGGCAGGGAUCAUUGCAAGAGCGCGAUCGAACAAAACGCCAAACCGUCCACGAAGGCAGCGAUUUGUGGACGCGGAACAAUCUUUAUCCGGAUUGGUGGUGGCCGUGCCAGCACGGACCGACCGAUCAGUGCCAUUACUGCCGGCCAUCUUACGCCACCUUGUGGAGCCACCAUGCUCAUCGGCAGCAGCGAAUGCACAGACACCAACACACAGCGAUUGAUGUGAUGGAACAGGGGAAAACCGCCAACAGUUCGCAGAUUGGGACGGCCCAACUGACGGGGUCGCCUCGCAGGCGGAUGGAACUGGAGCACACGCCGACGCAGCAGCCGGACGUCGGCAGUGACGAGUCGUUUGUCGUGCACCGCGGCAAAACGGUGCCGACGCUGUACAACGUGGUGACGGGCGUGGAGGGAGCCACGCCCCGGGGCUCGCGCGUGGCCGCCAUCAAGGAGCGCUUCAACAUGGACACGAAAGCCGAGGAGCGAGGCGAAGAUCGGCCGUCGUCGGCGUCGUCCGGCCCGGCCGGCGUCCCCUCCAACUGGGAGGAUCGCAAGUCCGGGACGAGCUACGCGGGACGCCGUUCGCGACGCAACUCGGUCACGGACGACUCGCACCUGACGAUCGAGAACUUCGGAGGCAGCCAGGACAACCUGUCCAUGUUUGGCCGCAAUCCCGACAAAGAGCCGGUGACGUUGCAGCAGUCGGGUCGGCGGCCAUCGAUCGAUGCCUUCACACCGGACUCGAUCCCGCCCGCAGCCGGAACGCCCUCAACGCCGGCCGGAGUCAACUAUUGGAGGAGGAACAAUGAUCGCACCCGUUCCCAGGAAAACCUGUCGGACUACUUAAUGGACAACCGUGACGUUGAAGAGCAGCUGGAUCGGCGUUCGCGGGCCAGCAGCCCCACUUACAGCAGCAUCAGCAGCACGGCCAAGAGCGGCACCAACAAUGGCAAUAAACAGUUUGUCAUCAUUUCGGCGUCCAACGCGCCGGAACCGGCCGACGUCUACGAGGAGACGCGCCUCAAUUUGAGCCGCGCCACCAACUUCGCCGAGCUGUCCAAACUGCGCGAGAGCCUCGGCUCCAAUUCGGCCAUCAACAUCGUCUACAUGCAGCAAGACAAAGACCCCAUCCAAGGCAAAGUCGGAUCGCCCGUUUCGCAACACGGCCGACGGGUCAGCGAGAACCAGCGCAAGCACGGCGGAGGCAUCACCAUCGCGGAGGCCAUGUCGUCGACGUCGUGGGACCCUCAGACGCCCGUGGCCGACAAGACGGACGGCCGCCUGGAGGCGCUGACGGCCGACGACAUGAACUCGGCCGCCGACCUCUACGGCAUCCGGCUCAAGAUGGAGGAGAAGCGCAAGCGGAUCGAAGCCGACAAGCGCCAGCAGGAGCUGAUGGCCAGCCGCCAACGGGAAAAGGUCGGCAAGGCCGCCUUCCUCCAGGCGGUGGCCAAAGGCAAAGGCAGCGCGGACGGACGGGACGGGCACGCCAGUCCCGUCGAUUACUAUAGCGCCAUGGAAUCGCCUUCGCGGCCCCACCAUCCGCCUGUCGCUGUCCAACAGCAACAGCAGCCGCACCAUCACGCGCAUCAACUGCCGACGCCCGACUACGAGUUGGCCGAUUACGAGUUUAAUCAGCGCCAUCCACAGCCGGCGCACCAUCCGCAUCACGGACUGCCUUACGAUCCGUACCGCAUGGCUCAUCCGGCGCAGCAGGCGUCACCCAUGAACGGCAGCGGCGGAGGCGGCGGAGGCGGCAUGGGGAUGGAUCCCAAUCAGCAGGGCCAGUUUUACUUGCACGAGCCGUCGCCGACGUCGCGACGCACUUGGGGCCAGCCGCAGCCCAUCAAUGCGGCACCGCCACCGCCUUCCAUGGUGUACCGACCGGACGAUAUGCUCGGCUACGGUAUGCCGCAGCAACAACAACAACAACAACAACCCAGACGAGCCCAAUGGGGUACACCCCAACCGGUUAGAGCGAUGAUGAAUCACCAUGGCUACAUGAUGAACCCCAACCAGGGCAAUUACAUGGAUGCGCACGGACCUCCGCAGGGCUACGUCAUGCCCACGCCGCCUCGCCAUCCGAUGGACAAUCCGUACGAUGCGCAGCAGCACUAUUACGCCAACGGGUCGCAAUUCCAUCAGCCAGAGCCGCAGGAUCCAUAUUUUUACAGUCCGGCGCGCACGCAGCCGCCGCAUUUGAUGCAGCAACCUCCCCAACAGCAACAGCAACAGCAACAGCAACAACAACAUCAUCAUCAUCAGCAGCAGCAGCAGCAACAAGCACCACCACCACAACACCAACAACAACAACAACAACAACAACAGUCUCAAUCACAUGUUUAUCAACAGGGUUACGGUGGCCCUCCGGCUGCCGGGUCGCCCCGCGGUUACAAUCAAUCACCCCAACAUAAUUAUCCGUCAGCGGCCGAUCAGAGGGCGCCGUUCCGGCUUCAUGCCCCCGAGCCGGUGGCGGCCGAACCUGUGGUCGUCCGUUCCACGGCCCAGCCCAAAGCAGCCGAAGUUCCCGAACUGCAUCGAGGAUCCGUCCAGCAACAGCCCAAAAUGCAGCAGCCGGAGCAGCGCUGCCAAUCGCAGACCCUGACCAGACCCGUUCCGGCCACGCGCAAUAUAACGCCCGUUCGCAGUAGCGUGCCCAGCAAUGGUGGCCAGUCUUCGUCGUCGACCUCGGCGGCUGGUUCCCCCAUGAGCAGCGGAGGCGUUUUCCACGCGGCUAUGCCAACGCCAUCUAUCGACGACAUGGAACCCCAAAACGUGUCGUUCAUCGAGACGCCGUCGGCGCUGGCCAGCGAAGGCACCGACGAAGGCGAUCUCCAACUGCCGCGUCGGCUUCGAAAUCUCAACAUCACCUCGGGCAACCGGACGUACAGGAUCCCACGAGGCCACCCAGUCUUCCGCGCCCCGUCCGGCCCUGUUGAAAACGUUCCGUUCCAGUCCGAGCCCGAGCCCAGCAGCAGCAGCAGCCCCGUGUCGCCUUCGCCGAGCAGCGCCUAUCUGGCACCGCAGGCCAAUUCGUCGGGUUCCGAAUCGGCCGACGAGGCGGCCGUGCUGGACGAGGGCGUCAAGACGGAGAAACUGAAGGACAACAUCGAGGCCGAUCGGGGCUUCAUCAUCACGUUCGACGACGUGGCCACGGGCCCGAAAAGACCUAAGCCUCAGCUGGGAUCGAAACGCCAACCGUCGCCGAAGAAACUGUCCAAUUAUUCCGCACCGCCCGAGACGCCAGUGUCCAGCUCGCCGGCCUACAAUCACAACAAGGCUGGAAGCAGUAGGGAAGGAAGUCCUCGACGAUCGCUGUCAUCGAUGGCCCGUGAAAACCGCGACGACUAUUCGCCCUUCACGCCCGACUCGCGCGACUCUGGCUUCGGUCAGAACAGUCAGGAGGAGUUGAAGCUGUUCAACAUGGCCACGGCCGUACCGGGCACGUUGCCCGGAGGCGAUCGCAAUCUGCGCGAUUAUGAUUCGCAGGAUGACGAACCGGCUCCGACCGGCCUGGUCAUCGGUGACGAACUUGUGAAUCCCGAUCCGGAGGCGCUGGACGAGAUGGAACGCAAAAAGGAGAAGAUCCUGAUGCAGUCGAUGAGGCGCAAGCAGCAACAGGAGGAGCUUCGUCAGCGCAAGGAGCAGGAGGCCCUGCAGCGCAAGGAGGAGGAACGUGCCAAGGAGGAGGAGAAGCAACGCAAAAAGGAGGACGAGAAGGCUCGACGGGCCAUCAUUUUCGAACAGUACAAGAUCAAAAAAGCCAUGGAGGAAGCGGAGAAAGAGGGCCGUCCGUACGAGAUGCCGGAUCAGAUGGGCUCUAAAUCCGGGCCGAAGAUGAGGCCCAAAAGCAGCACGCCAUCCCGGCCGCGUCCCAAAACGAUUCACGUCGAAUCCGGACCGUCAGAGUCGUACACGUCUCGCACCGUAUCCACCAUGGCGAGCAAGGGCAAACGAGGAUCGGGCAACAAUCUUGCCGAAAACCGGAAUGAUUGCCGAGGCGAUGGAGUCCGCGGAUCGAAUCCCGCUCUUAGCCGACGAGGUUCCAAUUCGAGUCUGCACGGUGACUCUCAGACACCUAAUCGAUAUCGGACUAUGGAGCGAGGACAUUCGGGCCGCAAGGAUCUAUCGGUCCCGAGAUACGGACAAUCCGGAGGCAGCACUCGCAAUUCUCGCGAGGAUUUGUACGGAUCCCGUAAUUAUCGCGGCUCAAAUUCGUCCCUCAAUGACGCUGAAUCGUACGAAGGGUACCAUACGCCAUUGGUGCAUUCCGGCCGGAAGGGUAGCGGUUUCAUGACAGGCGGUCGACAGGCGGAAGCGACCGUAAUGGCGGCAACGGCGGCUGCGGCCGCAAGGCCGGCCGUCCGCACUAGCAACAUGAUCUUGCGUCGUAGUGGCUCUCUCAUGGAUUUCAACGAUGGGGAUGCAGGUGUGGGUGGGAGGACCAAUCCGCCGUCCCGGAGAAUCUCUCCAGCCGUCACGCCCACCUCCACACCUUUCCGCCGGUUCCCUUCGCCAUCUGGUCCGGGAUCUUUACCACCUGGCCUGGUUAGUAAGCGCCGCGGUUUCGACGAUGGCGCUAGUGAUGUUAGCUCAAAUCAAGAUUACAUCGGUCCUCGAUUGUACAAGCAGCCGGCGGCUCGUUCCAACCGUUCCAUCAUUUUGAACGCGGUCGAGUAUUGCGUCUUCCCCGGCGUGGUGAAUCGCGAGGCCAAGCAGCGGGUGCUCGAGGAAAUCACACGGUCGGAGAGCAAGAAUUUCCUCGUCUUGUUCCGCGACGGCGGCCUCACCUUCCGCGCCCUCUACUCGUUCAAUCCCGAAAAAGAAGAAAUCAUCAAAAUGUACGGCACUGGACCGAAAAUGGUCAACGACACCAUGUUCGAAAAAUUCUUCAAAUACAAUUCCGGUGGCAAGUGUUUUUCGCAGGUGCACACCAAACACUUGACUGUCACGAUCGACGCGUUCACGAUCCACGCCGGCCUGUGGCAGGGAAAGAAGCAAAGCCUACCCAACAAAAAGGAUAUGACGUUGGUCAUCUAAAAGCGAACAAAUUCAAAUUCAAAAAUAACAAAAACAAAAAGAAAAAAAUCGGGAAUGAGAAAAAACAAACAAAUGAAACAAAUCUGCGUGAAUAGCAUUUUUCUUUUUUCUUGAACAAGAUGAACCCGCAAUUCAUCAAUCGUUUUCUUGAGCUGUUCGUAUUGGCCUUUAGUUAUGACACGGACUUUAAAUUGAAAAAAAAAAAAAGGGGGAAGAGAUUCACGCAAUCAAAUGACCCAAACAUAAUCAAUCGGCGUUUUUUUUUUUUUUUUCGUCCGUUUUCCCGUUUGUUUUACAUUGUUUGUUUGAUUUUUUUUUGUUUUCGGCUAACCCCUCUUUGACAUUCCUAUUAGCUAACGUGAUAACCUCGCUGUAUAGGGAUCGCCAGAGUUGAAUUCACCGUCACGUUCGGCAAAAAUAAUGGAUGAAAUAAUGUUUGUUUGUUUCCCCUUAUCCUUUCUCUUACUUUGGUCUUUGCUCCGUUGAAUUUUUUUUUUUUAUUGGUCCCCGCUCCAUCUCCCCGCCCCCCUUACUUCAUUAUGACCACUCGAAGAGAUUAACCCGCUUAACCUAGCGAAAUUCAAAAUAAAUAAAAAAAAAAAGUCGAUCGUUUUUUUUUUUUCUCUUUCCAAACUCAGUUUGUUUCAUCCCUAUUCAGCGCCCUCCUUUUAUCAUAGUGUCACCCUCCAUUUUGUUUUUUUUUGGAAAGUAACUCUCCAAUCGCGCGCUCUCCUAUAACCGCGACUGCUAACUGAUGUGUCAACUGAUUAGUUAUUUUGCCCUCACAAAACCCGCCCUCACAUUUGAUCCAGUGCCGUAAUUUUAAUUUUUUUUUUCUAUUAUUAUUAUUUAAAAAACAAAACAAAGUAGAGCAAAUGGCAAUUGUUUUAUCGAUUUUUUCUUUGCGUGAGUCGUGUAGUGGAAGCUGCACAUUUGAUAAGAGAAAAUGUAACAGCAAAAAAAAAAAUUUAAAACAAUUGAGAGAAAAAAAGAAAAUUAAGCGGCUACGCAACGGAAGGUUGGGAUUAAGUUGAGGGACGUGUUUGCUGUCAACUGUAAAUAGCGUUGUGUAGUUGUUAAGCGUUGGCCAGCAAAUCAACCGUCAAAACAUUACAGCUUUGAGCCAUCAUUUUUUGUUUUCUAAGUUCUUAUCUCUUUAUUUUGUCCUAUUUUAUUGUGUUGCAGUUAUUUUUUUUUUUUUAAUACCCCUCCCCUCCCCCUAUUUUGUUCUUAAUAUCCUCGCCACUUGUUCGCUCCAACCCCCUUUUUGGCUGUUCCUCCUUCUUUUGUAGUUCACGCAUUUUUUUUUUUUUUCUAUUAUUUUUUUAAAACGUCUUUUUCUAACGAACUUACCCCGCCUGCCCGUCACGGGCUUUAUUCUCUACCUUCUCCAUCCAUAUGUGCAGCAGCUGCCAAGUUCAAUACAAUAACCAACAUGGAAAUAG